ACACUAACCUCAACAAUAAAUUACACACGUGAAUCUUGAUGAUCUUUGAAGACCAAGUUGCUUUCAUAUACAAAAGCUUUCUCUGUACUACAAGCUAAUCAUCACGCUCGCGUAGAAGCCUCUACAGUCGCUAAGGAUGUCUGGAGAUGGGGGUCAGGACUCGUGGGACGAGGGUCCUGGUACGCCCUCCCUGGCCUCGAGUCCAGUGGGAUCACACACAGGCAGUCAGACACACGGAGAAGAGGAGAUCAUGUCUGAGUUCAGGGAGUUGUAUCGCAGCGUGGAGACGAGCACAAUGUACAGCUACUCAACCUCAAUUGACAGUCUGGAGCUAAGUGGAUACGAAGACGUGGAGAAACUCAAGGAACGACUCCACUCUCUGAAGAGGUACGUGUUUGAGUUGAAGGAGAGCUACGAUGAGCUGUUGAGAGCGUUCAGUUUAUUGGAGACCGGGGCCAAGCAGAGGGUGGGGCAACUGGAGGCGGAGCUCUCUGAUAAGAUCAGCCAGACCAAGGAGGUGUGCAACCAGGUGGCCUCCCUCCAAGCCCAGCUGAGUGAAGCACAGGCCCAGAUCGUGCAGGCACACGUAACCAACGAUCAGCUGUCUACUGAGAACUCUGAGCUAGUUGGACAAAAUGACCACCUCCUCCAGCGAGCCAGAGAUGGAGAGGUGAGAGGGGAGGACCUGAGGCAUCUCUUGAGGAUCAUCUCUGAGGGUGUGGCAGAGGGCAAUCUAAAGCUCUCCCAAAUGGUCCUCCGUAGUCAGAGCCCUCCUUUCCCAACCAACGACCUCAUCGUUAGUAACUCAACAGAGGCUCUACCUGCUCCUGAGAAGCCUUUACGCGCUCAUAAGAAACCUUUACCCGCUCACGAGAAGCCACUAAAUGUUCUACCUACUCACGAGAAACCUGUACACACUCUACCUGGUCAUGAGCAGCCUCUGAACGUUCUACCUGGUCAUGAGCAGCCUCUGAACGUUCUACCUGGUCACGAGAAACCUGUACACGCUCUACCUGGUCAUGAGCAGCCUCUACACACUCUACCUGGUCAUGAGCAACCUCUUCUGUACGCUCUACCUGAUCAUGAGCAGCCUCUACACGCUCUACCUGGUCAUGAGAAACCUGUACACACUCUACCUGGUCAUGAGCAGCCUCUGAACGUUCUACCUGGUCAUGAGCAGCCUCUGAACGUUCUACCUGGUCACGAGAAACCUGUACACGCUCUACCUGGUCAUGAGCAGCCUCUACACACUCUACCUGGUCAUGAGCAGCCUCUUCUGUACGCUCUACCUGAUCAUGAGCAGCCUCUACACGCUCUACCUGGUCAUGAGAAACCUGUACACACUCUACCUGGUCAUGAGCAGCCUCUGAACGCUCUACCUGGUCAUGAGCAGCCUCUGAACGCUCUACCUGAUCAUAAGCAGCCUCUACACGCUCUAUCUGCUCACGAAAAACCUUUACACACUCUACCUGGUCAUGAGAAGCCUUUACCCGCUCUACCUGGUCAUGAGCAGCCUCUGAACGCUCUACCUGGUCAUGAGCAGCCUCUACACACUCUACCUGGUCAUGAGCAGCCUCUUCUUUACGCUCUACCUGGUCAUGAGCAGCCUCUGAACGCUCUACCUGGUCACGAGCAGCCUCUUCUUUACGCUCUACCUGGUCAUGAGCAGCCUCUGCACGCUCUACCUGGUCACGAGCAGCCUCUUCUGUACGCUCUACCUGGUCAUGAGCAGCCUCUGAACGCUCAGCCUCUACACGCUCUACCUGUUCAUGAGAAACCUCUGCACGCUCUACCUGGUCAUGAGCAGCCUCUUCUAUACGUUUUACCUGGUCAUGAGCAGCCUCUGAACGUUCUACCUGUUCAUGAGAAACCUCUGCACGCUCUACCUGGUCAUGAUAAGCCUCUUCUGUACGCUCUACCUGGUCAUGAGCAGCCUCUGCACGCUCUACCUGGUCAUGAGAAACCUCUGCACACUCUACCUGGUCAUGAGCAGCCUUUACCGGUUCUACCUGGUCAUGAGCAGCCUCUGAACGCUCUACCUGGUCACGAGCAGCCUCUACACGCUCUACCUGUUCAUGAGAAGCCUCUGAACGCUCUACCUGGUCAUGAGCAGCCUAUAAAUGCUCUACCUGGUCAUGAGCAGCCUCUAAAUGCUCUACCCUUUACAGCGACUUUGGUUGAAUCUCCCACCACUCAUAGUCCUCUUCACAUUAGAGUAGCUUCUCCAUCGUCAUCACUGUUGGACAAUGAGCUGGCUACAUUGAGAGGGGAGUUAGAGACACAUCUAGCCGAGCUGCAGCGUGUGAAGGAUGAGUUGACAGCUGCUAGGAUUGAGAGGGAGUCCAGUGUGGAGGAACUGGGGGACUCUCAGAGGGAACUGGAGAACACUCGUGAGGAGAGGGACCAGCUCCACCUGCAGUUGUCAGAGGCCCAGGAAGGUGUGUCUAGUCUACAAGCAGAUGUGGCCUCCCUCACUGAACAACUAAGAGAGGCACUGGAGAAGCAAGCAUCACUCAGCCAAGAGCUGCUGGGAACACAAGAGGCCAUGGAGCUCUACCAGACCACUGCCAAACAGGAGGUGGAGCAUCGGGACCAGGAACUGGCACAGUUGACAGUAGAACUCUCCACAUUAGAGCAACGCAGGCAGUCACUGGAGACACAAGUGGAACAAUCACAAUCCCACGUGACCUCACUGGAGAGUGCACGGCAACAAGCACAAGAUGAGGUCGUAUCGCUACAGGACGAAGUUCAAAGGUUAGAAGAGUCUGUCCAUGACUCGUCUAUUGAAGAGGAGGGGCUACAGGAGACACUGGCCGAGAAGGGGGAGGAGCUGGAGGCAGUAAAGGAAGAGAAAAAUACCAUCGAGAAACAGCUGGGCGAGAAGUUGACGGAGCUCCAGGAUCAGAUUGCCCUCACCCAGACCCUGAAGGCAGAUAAUGCUAGCCAGGCCGGGGACUAUCAGAAGAGACUAGCUGCAUUGCAAGGACUCCAGACUCAAUGCAGAGAGGAGGCGGAUGAGCUCCACUCUCUACUAGCGAGCAGGGAAGGAGAACUGUCUCGUAUGAUCACUGCACUCAAGGUGGCAGCUGCUCAGAUAGCCGCUCUAGAUGGAAAGGGCGGGGCAACCACACCCACUGCCGUUAGCGAGGAGCUUUCCCAGUGUGAGGAGGCGUGUCAGUCCCUGGAGGUGGAGCUAGCAGACCAUCGUAAGAAGUGGGAGGAGUCAAUGAUGACUGCAGAGCAGCACAGAGCUAUCAUCGAUCAACUGACGGCAAAACAAGCAGGUCUUGAAGAGGAGGUCACAAAGAGAGAGGAGAGGGUUGCAGAGCUGGAGGCACUGCUAGCUGAGGUGAAUGCAUCUCGUGCCUCCAUGGUCCAGUCGGUGGGUGACUUCGAGAAGAGUUUGGAUGGAUUAAGAGAAGAGCUGAGCUCCACACGAGGUCAAUACCAGCAAGCUUGUCAAGAGAUGGCCUCCCUCAGAGAUGAACUAACUGGUUCCACCCACGCUCUGGAGGAGAAAGAACAACUGCUCUUGACUGAGGUCCAGAAACGCGAAGUUCUUAUUCAGACUCUAGAGACGGAGGAGCAAGGCUUGAAGGCGCAAAGUCAAGAGUGUACCGAACGUGCUGACAUUGCAGAGAAAGCUCGCGACGCCCUCCAGCAGGAGUACGAUCGUGUGGCUGUGGACCUCGUGACCUGUGAGGGGGUGGUGGGCGAGUUGGAGAGGCGUGUGGAAGAAGUGGAGGCGACCGGACACGAUGAAGUGGAGAGGUGCCAGCAAGUCAUUGAAAAUCUCAAAUCAAAGCUACAGCAAUCACAGGAACAAUAUCAGGCCUCUCAAGAACAGGUUGGCAGCACAGAGGAUGCACUGGAUGCAAUGCAAGCCAAACAUGCUCUACUGUUGGAGCAGCUAUUAGCGCGUGAGGAAGUGUUGAGACAGCUGGAGGAGAGGACGUCCACACUCGAGCUACAGCACCAGGAGGCACUCGAUCAUGUUGGUAGGGAGCAGGAUCUUGUGGAAGCGUUGCAAGAAGAGCUAGCCUCAUCACAAGGUCUGAGCGACGGACUACAACUUGAAGUGUCAGAAUGUGAGCAUGAGCUCCAGGAGUUGCAGGAGAGCUUGUAUACCAGUCAGCAAGACAGAGCUGCCCUACAAGACGAGGUCAACAACUUAACCCAAGAGUUGGCGGGUGUUGAGGAGCACCUCACUACAGAGAGGCAACGCAGUGCCAGUCUGAGUGAGAACAGCGAGGCAGCUGUACAGGGCGUCCGUGAAGAGGUCGGGGGUCUGCGGACGUCACUGGUAGCCUUACAGUCAGAGAGGGAGCUACUAGAACACACAGUCAGUGAGCAGAAGGCUGCACUGGAGGCCUCACAGUCAGAGAGGGAGCUACUGGAACAUACAGUCAGUGAGCAGAGAGCUGCACUGGUAGGCUUACAGUCAGAGAGGGAGCUACUAGAACACACAGUCAGUGAGCAGAAGGCUGAGUUGGAGGCCUCACAGUCAGAGAAGGAGCUACUGGAACAGACAGUCAGUGAGCAAAGGGCUGCACUGGUAGCCUCACAGUCAGAGAAGGAGCUACUAGAACACACAGUCAGUGAGCAGAAGGCUGCACUGGUAGCCUCACAGUCAGAGAUGGAGCUACUGGAACAGACAGUCAGUGAGCAGAGAGCUGAGUUGGAGGCCUCACAGUCAGAGAUGGAGCUACUGGAACAGACGGUCAGUGAGCAGAGGGCUGAGUUGGAGGCCUCACAGUCAGAGAAGGAGCUACUAGAACACACAGUCAGUGAGCAGAGGGCUGAGUUGGAGGCCUCACAGUCAGAGAAGGAGCUACUAGAACACACUGUCAGUGAGCAGAAAGCUGCACUGGUAGCCUCACAGUCAGAGAAGGAGCUACUGGAACAGACAGUCGGUGAGCAGAGGGCUGCACUGGUAGCCUCACAGUCAGAGAGGGAGCUACUAGAACACACAGUCAGUGAGCAAAGGGCUGAGUUGGAGGCCUCACAGUCAGAGAUGGAGCUACUGGAACAGACAGUCAGUGAGCAGAGGGCUGAGUUGGAGGCCUCACAGUCAGAGAAGGAGCUACUGGAACAGACAGUCAGUGAGCAGACGGCUGAGUUGGAGGAGCUAAAAUUGAGGGUAUCUGAUCUAGAGUUACACAAAGAGAGCCUCCUCUUCCAGUCCACCACUAACGAGGGCACCAUCACUAGCUUGAAGAGUCAGUUGUCUGCCUUGGAGAGUACACUACAGGAUACAGAAACAAGAUGUGCUGCUCUGGAGACAGACCUCGCCUCUAGCCACGCCCACGAAGACUUGCUAACGUCCCAACUAGAAGCAGCCACUGAAACGCUUGAAGACAACAAACUAUCGAAAACUCUGUUAGAGGAGGUGGGCUCUGAGAGACUGAGUGAGAUCACAGUGCUACAACGACAGCUGGAGGAGGAACGAGUGAAGGAGGGAAUGGUGCGGGAACUAGGCGAACAGAUCACAUGCUUGGAGAGCCAGCUCACAGGACUACAGGGCAAGUACAAUUUGGCCAAUGAAAGAGCUUUAGAAGCUGACAGAGCUUGUGUUUCCAUGGAAACUACCAACACCCAACAACAACUGCACAUUUCCCAGCUUGAUCUUGAACUCUCAAAGUUCAAAGGUCAUGAAACGGAAGCAGACAGUCUAAGAGAUCACAUUAUGGACAUGGAGGAGCAGUUAGCACGUCUCCAUACUGAGCUGGAGGUUACAAAGGACGAGUGUCUGUCGUUGCAAGCUCAGCAUCGCUCAGCACAGGAGAAGGAGGCGCACUGGUCCCGGGAGUUGGCAGAGACAACAAACCAGCUGCGUCUAGCUGAGGAGAGGGUGGGCUCGUUAGAGAGAGAGGGGCGUGGCAAGGAGGGACGUGUUGUAGAGCUUGAAGCACGUCUGGACUGUGCCCAGCAGCUGGGAGCUGUCAGACAAGAGGAGGCGAGGGACUCACGAGGGAUAGUGGGUGAACUGGAGAAACAGGUAUCGGACAAACAACAGGAUAUUCUCCACCUGCAACAUCUACUGGACUGUUGUCGUGGCGAUCUGGACGGAGCUAGAGCUCAACUAAAUACGUCGGAAAAUGCUCAGAGGGGACUGCUACAAAGGUUGCAAGUAUUUGAAGAGCAGGUCAGCACAUUGACAAGGGACCACUCACAACUUGAGGUGGAGCUAGCUGGAAGCAGGGCAAAUCUUGCCAAGAAGAAUGUUGAUGUGACUAUUGGAUUGGGAAAGAGUCUUGCUGACCAGUCUGAUAGGAUUAGGCAACUGGAGAGGGAGAUCACCAGUCUGAGGACUACUAAUAUUGACCUCGAGUGUAGCAAUCAAGAGCUUCAGUCUCAACUAGUCACCGGUGACCUCUCUAGCAAGAACAGCAGCUCUACUAGCCUGUGUAGUGGCCAGCCCUCCAUUACGAGAUUGAGGGCACACGUGGACGUAGACAUAUCCAAUGGAAGUGGGGAAGUUGUGGCUACCACUACCAGCAUACCUCUGACCUUUGACUCCAAGUACAGGACCACCAUGGAGAGAGGAUUAACUUCUGCUAGUGUGGAAGGGCUCCUCAGGUUUUCUGGCAGUGAGACAGAGAGUGAGGCAGCUGCUCUGGGGAAGGACUACUGGGUCAGGAGAGCAGGAGAGUUAUCGGUGCAGCUGCAACAGAGCAGUGGCUACUGGACCCAGAAGGUCAGGGAGCUGUCCAUAGAACUGGAGAAGUGCAAGCAAGCUCACAGGCAUUGAACAAUUUUCGAACUUGUCGUUGUUUUUUUCAGAAACUGAACACAGAUAUUAAUUUUUCUCUGUAUAUCAAUGCAUUUUCUAUACUUAAUAUAAUUAUAAGACACUCUUUAAUCAUAUUUGUGGUUAAACCUCCCCAACAUUUCUGUAUUCAUUAUGAUUGUUGAACAUGUGCACAUCAAUGGUGCUUGUCUGUGAAUAAGCCAGAUUGUCUUUGAAGUUUUCAUA